AUGAAGUCGAACGUAGGUGUGCUGUUUCUGCUAUUGUUCCUGGUGUCGUGUCUCCAGUCUAACGCGGAAUUGGAGAGUACCGCGAAGAAGCGCGGUGACAUUACGCAAAAGUCGAAUUCCAACGAUGAGACGGAGGAGGAUGUCACCAACGAGGACAUGGAAAAUGCCUUCGAGCAGCUGCGCGAGCUCAGGGCACUGCGGGAAACUAUACUGAAGCUUGUGCCAGCAUCCGACUCGCUUAUAAAUGAAAAAGUUAACAACAAGCAUAGGAAAGAGGAUACGGAUGGCAAGGUGGAUAGUGUGAACAAAGAGCCUCUGGAGAGUUCAGGAACAAGCAAUGUUUGGAUGAAAACUAUGAUAGCUCAAACAAAGGACAUGGAUCCUUUGGAUAUCAAUAGUAAGCAGUUGGAUGAAGAGGAUAUGGAAGCCUGGGAAAAUCAUGAGCAGUAUGAGACACUCGAAGAAGAGGUCCAAGAGCCAUUGUCACUGGAACAACAGGCAGCCGAACAAUUAUUCAAGAAUGCUCUGAACAUUUUAAAUGCAAUGCGUGCCAACAAGUCUGCGGGUUACGAAUUGCUAAUGGAAGCAGCACAGUUGGGUCAUCGAGAAGCCAGAUCUCUGUUAGCUUGGGGAAGAUUGCUUGGCUCUCGUUUAGAUCCUGCAUCUUCGAGAGUGUCUAUCGAUGACAUACCCAGUAUAUUUGAGAUAUUCAAGGAACUUGCAGAUACAGGACUUCCAUCGGCCCAUAUGGGAAUGGGAUUUUUAUAUGCAACUGGUAUUGGUGUUAAUGCAUCUCAAGCAAAAGCUCUACUUCAUUACACUGUAGCUGCUCUUGGUGGCGAUACUUGGGCGCAAAUGGUAAUGGGACACCGUCAUUGGGUAGGCGUGGCGACAAUACCCUCGUGCGAACGAGCAUUAGACUAUUAUCGAAAAGUAGCGAAGAAAGUCGCAGAGGAAGUGUCAUUCAGUGGUGGCCCAGUCGUUCAGCGAGUUAGGCUGUUGGACGAGCAUGAGAAUCCGGGAUACAGUUCUGGAAUCUUCGAUCAGGAUUUGAUAGAGUACUAUCAGCUGUUGGCCAAGAAGGGCGAUACACAGGCACAAGUUGGACUUGGUCAACUGCAUUAUCAAGGAGGUAGAGGAGUUCCUUUAGAUCACGAAAAGGCUGUACAAUAUUUCCAACAUGCUGCUGACGCUGGCAAUCCUGUAGCUAUGGCCUUUCUUGGAAAGAUUUAUUUAGAAGGAAGCGAGAUUGUGAAACAAGACAAUGAAACAGCAUAUAAAUAUUUUAAAAAAGCUGCUGAAUUAGGCAAUCCUGUGGGUCAAAGUGGUUUGGGCCUGAUGUAUUUAUAUGGAAUGGGAGUGGAAAGAAAUACUGGUAAAGCAUGGCAAUAUUUCCAUCACGCUGCAGAACAAGGCUGGGUCGAUGGGCAACUGCAAUUAGGCAAUAUGUAUUUCAGUGGUAUUGGUGUUAAACGAGAUUACAAAAUGGCAAAUAAAUAUUUUAAUCUAGCCAGCCAAUCAGGUCAUGUGUUAGCAUACUAUAAUCUUGCUCAAAUGCAUGCCACUGGCACCGGCAUGGUGCGAAGUUGUCCCCCGGCUGUGGAAUUAAUGAAGAAUGUUGCCGAAAGAGGAAAAUGGAGUGACCAGUUGAUGAUGGCGCAUACCGAUUACAGAGAAGGCAAAGUGAACGAAGCAUUCCUAAUUUAUGCCUUAUUUUCCGAGAUGGGUUAUGAGGUUGCGCAGAGUAACGCGGCGUUCAUUCUAGACAGAGGAGAGACCGACGUUCUGUCGGAAGAGGAAAGCUUAGUCAGAGCUUUAGCACUGUGGACACGAGCUGCUACACAAGGAUACUCUGCGGCACAGGUGAAACUUGGUGACGCGCAUUACUAUGGCAGAGGAACCAAAGUUGAUUACGAGGCUGCUGCAGGUUACUAUCGUUCGGCAUCCGAGCAACAACAGAAUGCUCAAGCUAUGUUCAACUUGGGUUAUAUGCACGAGCGUGGCCUAGGUUUGGCAAAGGAUCGUCAUUUGGCCAAACGGUGCUACGAUUUGGCCGCCCAAGUUAGCCCUGACGCGCAAAUACCUGUAGCGCUGGCUCUGAUCAAAUUGUCCUUUCUCUUCAGUCUGGAUUAUCUGCAGGAAUUCAGUUUGGUCGAUCAGCUGGAUAAGUGGGAUCAGCUGCUCGGGCAGAACUGGGAUCUUUAUCUUAUAGGUUUUCUCACGGGAAUGCUUAGUCUUAUUAUAUACUUCCGCAGACCGCAGCCACCUCCCCCACCAAGACCUCCUGUUAACUAAAUUUUGUAUCUUUAUUCAUUAUUUCGUACAUAUAUAUAUAUAUAAAUAUACAUAGAUUUUUCUAGACUAAGCUUGGAAAGAAUUUUAUAAGAGAUUCGUCUAGCGGGAAAUCAUUUUUGAUAACGUAAUUCGUCUUUCCCAAAGUGACGCAGGCUGUAUAAUCUCGAGUUCGAUAUUAUUUUGAUUGCAAUCAAUCUAACGUAAAUAACUUCUGGCCAGUAUAGUGAUAAAAUUCAUCAAAAGUUUUGUAGCGCUUUGGCGCGGCAUACUCGAUAAUUAUUGUUACCACCAUUAUUACAAUUUUCUCUUACGCUUAUUUAAUUAUCAUCACAUACAGACUCUGAGCUUAGUUCCUAGUUUGUAAAGUUCCAUUAUUAUGCUCAAUGUAUGACAUGUUUGUUGGAAUAUCGUCUACAAAUUUUUAUCGCAAGCAACUUUAGAUUCCCCUUUCCGCAAAACAAAUGCAGAUGAAAUUCAUUCAGAGUUCACGAUUCCACAUAUCGUAUUAUUUUUUUAUAGGGAUGCAAAUUCAAACUGCAAAUGAAGAUAUACUUUCAAGAUGGUUAUAUAGCUUUCUUCAGUGACAUGUUUGUAAUUAUGUUAGAUUACACAUAAUAUACAUUAAGAUACUACAAGACAUUUCUGUAAUAUAAAAUAAGAAUUAAAAAGGUUGUUGAUUAUUUAUCUAAUAAAAUUGUUUUAUUGCCAAAGAAUGUUACGAUCUUGAUAUUAUCGUGACAUGUAUGGUAUUAAUCUUGGCUGUGGAAGUAAUUGUGAAUAUGCGCAGAUGAACUUAAUUGUUAACUGUAUAAACCAGAUGUAAACAAUAUCGUCGAAUUGAAAAUAGUAUCACUUUGAAGUAUCCUGUAUAUGUACACGAAUGCUUCCUGCGUUUAUUUAAUAUUUUUCGUUAACAAUUUCCUGUGUUAUUAAUACCAAUAAGUAAUUAUAUAACAAUUAUGUUAUUUUAAUUGUGUUAAUUAUCGUGUUAAAAUUUAUGCGUCUCAUGUACUCGUAUGUUCAUGCCUUUGAAGAUGUGUAUAUGCUGAAAAUACGGGCAGCGAACACCGAUCCGAACAAACAGCGAAUUCGGUAGAUGUGUACUGGUAGCAGUUCACCGAGCGAACGAAUAUGUCAAUCGGAUGUAAGAACUUACUAAAAACUUAAUGAGCGAUCAUAUUACUGAAUAUAUCCAAUAGUAUUCUGCCGAACUUGCUAUCUCUUUUUCGUUGUUCGUUCGCUUAAUGUGUCCAUUUUUUUAUGCACCUCUUCGUAGGUAAAACGGAUCGAACGCUGGCAAACGUUUGUUACGGCGUGCAUAUUUACCGAAUUCGCUGUUCAUUGUUCGUUCGCUUAGUGUAUGCGCACUUUUACGUAUAAUAUAUAAUUAUAAAUA